AUGGCGGCUGCCGCCUGCGGACAGCAGAGCGCCGCGAUAACGGCCACCGUCAGCGGCAAAAAGCCGCACGCUAGCAGGGAACACGGUCGAAGGAACCGGGAGAACUCUCGCCGGAGACAAGCGGCUCUUUUGUUCCUCAGCAACAUCUCGCUGGACGGCCGGCCGGUCCACUGCAGCUCGGCCGGCGGCGGAGGCAGGCGCCACCACCGGGACGCCGACUACGAGGACGCCGUCCCCUGCUCCGACUACUUCCCGGACCCGGGACCCGUCGGCGGCUGCGGGACGUUCUCCGGCUUGUCGGCGUCGGUCAGCUGCGGGAACGUGGUCCCCGGUCCGGCGUCGAGGACGGGACUCGCCGUUCCGCCUAUCCUCGUCCUACCGUCCGAACCGGGACUCGGCGACGAGGGCAGCGCGGAGGAGCUGCUGGGCUGUCGCCGGGGCUCCUUCCCCUCUCCGGGGAACAGCAACCUGCUCCGCCCUUCGCCGUCCAGUGCCAGCCUGCUGCCGUCCCCGCUGGGGCCGCGGAAGUCGUCCACGCUGCUGUCGGUCCAGAGCUGUAACUCCGUAUCGACCCGUAACCUCUCGGGGGGGUCUCCCAGACCGCGGCAAGCCAAGAAGAUCCACUUCAUCAAAAACAUGAAACAGUACGACACCAGAGGCAGCAGAAUCGUUCUCAUAUGCGCUAAGAGGUCCCUGUGCGCUGCCUUCUCGGUUUUACCGUACGGAGAGAGCUUCUACCUCAGUGACCCCACACUGAACCACCCCCGGAGGAGACACUCCUCUGGAAACAUCUCCACCACCCUGGAGAUGCUGCCGGGACUGGAAGGCUUCCAGCUGGACAUUUACGGCAGGUCGGUGUCCUACGCGCAGUUCCUCUACCCCACCAACGCGCUGGUCAGGCAGAAGCCGUCCUCCACCAGUGAGCUGACGCUGCAGAUCCCCGUGUCCAGGAGCACGCACAGCAUGCCGGGCAGGAGCUUCCCUCCCAGUCGGCUCAACAGCACUGUGGGGCUGGACUUGGGUGUGGAAGAGGUGACAGAGUACGACCCCAACCUCCUGAGUGACCCCCAGUGGCCUUGCGGGAAGCACAAGCGGGUGCUGAUCUUCGCCUCCUACAUGACAACAGUCAUAGAAUAUGUCAAACCGUCCGAUCUGAAGAAAGACAUGAACGAGACCUUUAAGGAGAAAUUCCCCCACGUUAAACUCACACUCAGCAAAAUCCGCAGCCUGAAGAGAGAGAUGAGGACGUUCGGGGAGGACUGCGGUUUGCAGCCGGUGACCAUCGCAAUGUCCUUCGUCUACUUUGAGAAGCUGGUGCUGCAGGGCCGGCUCAAUAAGCAGAACAGGAAGCUGGUGUCGGCCGCCUGCAUCCUGCUGGCCGCCAAGAUCAGCAGCGACCUGAAGAAGCAGGAGGUCAAACACCUCAUAGACAAGCUGGAGGAGCGCUUCAGGAUCGGCCGGAGGGAGCUCAUCUCCUUCGAGUUCACCAUUCUGGUCGCCCUGGAGAUGGCGCUCUACCUCCCGGAGAGCCAGGUCAUGGCCCACUACAGGCGGCUGGUGCAGCAGCAGCAGGUGUAGCGGCGCCCCCCCCCCAUCUGACCGCGGCCACACUGUGACGGGGACACGGGUCCGU